UCUGACUCACGUUCUGUCAUAAUAAAUUUCAUCAACAAAUAAGUAAUCCGAUUCGAUAUUUCAUGUUAGUGGCGUAAUCCAACACUGUUGCUGAUGAAUAUUUGAAAUUCAUAUGGAAAUUUGUGAAAUACCCUAAAGCAAUUAUUAUUUCUUAGUAAUCUUCAAAAUUGACGUGACAAUAUGUGAACAAAAUACUGUGAAAAAAUAUUCAAAUCUGCUGCUACAAAUUUGAUCUGUUAUAGUGAAAUUUAGUGAGUCACUUGCAACUCAUUUAAUAUUUACAAACAUGUAUUCCUACGCUAACUCACAAAAUCCAACUUGUGGGGUUUUGAUAGAGAACUGCCUCCUCAAGGAUGGCAAGGGUAACAAGGAGAGGACUGCCUAUGUAGGGCAAAUGGUUAAAAUAAUGGGAUCCCUUGAUAAUGGUGAAGUACUUAUAAAAAUUCUAAAAGAUGGGGAAAGCUGGGAAACCCUCCAAUUUAUCUGUAAGCGAAGCCAAAUAGCACCAGUGGAAGAAAAGAUUCUAUUUUUUCUUUCAUCGAUACCACCUCAGGAAAGAGUGAAAUUGGCUAAAAACAGGGAAAAGUGUGAGAAGUUAGCGACCAUAACAAAAGAUAUGACUGUUGCAGUUUCAUUCAAUGAUGAUGUUGCUCUUGGUGUUAUUAAAUAUAUAGGUGUUGUUAAAGGAAUUGGUAGAUGUAUUGGUGUUCAGCUACACGAAAAGAGGGACCAAAAUAAAUGUGAUGGUUUUUGCGCCGGUAUUCCAUAUUUUACUUGUGAACCCGGUAAAGGCGUCUUUGUAACAAUUGAAAAAAUAAACCCCAUAAACAUGACUUGUUCCAAAGAAACUUCGAAAAAAUCAGAUUUGGAUGUUUGCUUGGAAAAAAGCAUAUCGAAUUUAUUUCUGCGUGAUAAAGAACUCGAAAAGCCUCACAAGCAUGAAGAAAUAAUAACGAAAUAUGGGGAAUACACAAAUUUGUCGAAUAAGAGUACAACCUACAUACGCAAUUCUCUUUCAUUGCAAAAUAUGUUGGACGUAGAUAGGUCGACGAAUUCGAAUAACGAUUUUGACAAUAAUUCGAUCAUCCCACGAGAUAAGGCCUAUUUGAUUCACGAGAGUGAUUCGAAGAAAAAAAUCAGAAAUAAAUCAGAGUUGGAUCUCAUUGAUAUACUAGGUAAUUCCCAAUACGACAAUCAUGAUAAGAAGGGAGAAUAUAGUGGGACCUGCAAAAAAUUGAACGGCAAGAAAAUUGAUGGGGAAGCGCCUAAAUACGGAAAAAGUAGAAGUUUAGGAGCAGGAACACAAUCUUUGGAAAAUGGAACAUUACCCACAAUGAAGAAGAAAUUUGGUACUGAAUCUCGAAAUGGUGGUAACAAUAAGAAAAUAAACGAAAAAAGUGAAGCUUUAGCGAAGGCGUGCACGUCGAAAAACUGUGAUAAACCCAAAUACUCGGAACUUCAAAAAGCCCCCAACAACGAUAUUACUAUCGGAACGCUGGUGGAAAUUUCAAAUGACGUUACCGAGGAACCUCUGUAUGGUGUUAUAAGGUGGCUUGGCAUCGAAAAUGGAACGAAUUUCAUUCUUGCCGGUGUCGAGUUGGAAAAUGAUCCGGAAAAUUUGCCUCUGAUGUUAACAGAUGGCACGCAUAAUGGUGAUAGACUCUUCAAUUGUUCUGAGAAAAGAGCUUUGUUUGUCCCAAUCCAGCAGUGUCAUAAAGAUUCUAGAUUUCAGGAUGGAUUGCCCACUCCUGUUCAUCAACCUUUGGAUAGUUUGAUUGACAAUAGAGAUUGCACAAUUAUAAAGGGAUGCGUAGCACCUUUGUGCAUGCCCACAGAAGAAGAUGUAGAGGCUGUUUGUGGAAAGUACAAAGGUAUUCAAGGACAUCACAAUUCUUGCUAUUUGGAUGUUACUCUAUUUUCAAUGUUUACGUUCACUGGAGUAUUCGACAGUCUUCUGUUCAGACCGAAAGGGCCUAAUGAUAUUCCCGACUAUGAGGAGGUGCAACGUGUCCUCAGGGAAGAAAUAGUUAAUCCUCUGAGGAAAAACCUCUAUGUCAGUGCUGGACAUGUUAUGAACCUGAGAAAACUCCUAGACCGUCUUAGUUCAGUAUCGGGUUUAACAAGCGAGGAAAAAGAUCCAGAAGAAUUCCUAAAUUCCCUUCUAGCUCAAAUACUGAAAGCGGACCCUUUCUUGAAAUUGAAUUCUGGUCAAGAGGCUUUUCAUUAUCAAUUGUUUGUAGAAAAAGACGCCGAUUUGACUUUACCUACUGUUCAACAACUUUUUGAGCAAAGUUUUCUCACUAGUAAUAUCAAACUGAAAGAAGUACCUUCUUGUUUGAUCAUCCAGAUGCCUAGGUUCGGGAAAAACUUCAAAAUGUAUCCGAGGAUUUUACCUUCACAAUUGUUAGACGUUACAGAUGUCAUUGAGGAAUCACCCAGACAAUGUAUAGUUUGUGGAAAAGUUGCCCGUUAUGAAUGUCGAGAAUGCUUCGAUUUCAAUAAUGCAGGUUUAGCAAGUACAGCCUUCUGCGAGGUGUGCCUCAAAACAGCUCACCGGCAUGAGAAACGAAUACACCAUUUACCCGAACCUCUGGAUGUGUCUUACGAUUUUACAAUAAUGGAGAACCAUGUUAAACCCCCAAGACUAUUUAUGGAGCUUUUCGCAGUCAUUUGCAUUGAAACGUCACAUUAUGUUGCAUUUGUCAAGUGUGGAGUGGGCCAUGAAGCGCCCUGGUGUUUCUUUGAUUCGAUGGCAGACAGAAAAGGAGAGAGAAACGGGUACAAUAUUCCAGAGAUGGUGGCAUGUCCAGACAUCUCAAGAUGGUUAUCAGAUGAAGGAGUAUGUAGGGAACUCCAUGAAGAGUAUCCAAACGACAAGUUCCUACCAGAACAUGCUCGUAGACUCCUAUGUGAUGCUUACAUAUGUAUGUACCAAAGUUCCGAUGUUAUGAUGUACAGAUAAAUUAUUUGAGAAAAGUCUGUUAGAUGUAUACAAGUCAAAUUCCUUUAAUGACGAAAGACUAUUAUAGAAAUUUCUAUUUUGAAUCUUUUGCAGUUUGAUGGGUAUAUUUGAAAUUUACAAUUCUAUUAUACUUCUCUAAUAAAAAUAAAUUACAAUCAAUCUUUUGAAGCUGAACAGAAUGUUAAAUAUGAUAAAUUUUAUUAUUAAAGAUGACAUAAAAGAUUCUAUUUCCUACUAAAACAGAUAUAUAAUGUAAAUUCUGGUGCGUCUUAUUUUUUAUUCUUUUACUGGUUUUAAAACAUUCUAUUUGGUAUUAAUUUGGUUUUGUCUAUUUUUAAACUACUGACUAAUCUUGAACUAAUGUUAUUUUCGUCCAUUUUAUAAAUCUUUCAAACAACACAACUAUUUCAUAAUUGAUAUAUGUUCCUUUAAUACCACGAACUUUCUCUAAUUUCAAAUUAAGUCUUGGGAUUAUGAUGAAAAUUCUCUAUAAAUGUUGCAGUAAACAUUUUUGUUGAAAUCAAAAAAAGUAUUAUCUAAUCUAGUUAGAGACUUUAUUGCUUGUUACUUAUAACUUGAAAUAUUUAUUUAAUUUUAUUUGUUAGAUAAUUAAACAUAGAUAUCUUAACUUAAAAGAAAGGCUAAUGUGUAUUGUAAAUUCCUUCUAAGUUAGCAAGUAAAUGUUGUUUCUUUAUGAAUAAAAUAUGUUUCCCAUA